AGUAACCCGGAAACACACACGGAUGUUGUAGAGAAGAUAGGCGUAUAUUGAAAGCAUUUAUGCUUUAAAAUCUUCUGAAACCAUGGCAUAGAAAAGGUCAUUUAUCUCCCAAAAUCAGUGGAGACUUUUCAAACUCUUAAGGAGAAUGUUAAGAGUAAGAAGUCAAGGUGUCAGUCUGUCAGGAUGAUUUCUCCAUUGGGUUUAUCCAGCAGUUGAUAUUUUUUGAAUGUUACAUGAUGAAGAAUGUCACUUUUGAUGAACCAUGAGUUUCACUGGACCAAGAGCUGUAUGAGGAUGCUGAUUUAGGAUUUGAGACUUCUUCAGUCACCUUUAGUCCAUCAUGUUUGUGACAGCAUACCUUGCAUUUGUAGUCUUGGCGGGACUGUGCGUGACUUUAGAGAUCACAGCCCGCCGUCUCAACUCAUCCCAGGCCACACAGACAGCCAUCGCCAAUCCGGCAUUCAGACAGUUCCAGAAGCUCUUUCUGAAGGCGUAUCUCCUGGCCCUCUGGGCAGACUGGCUGCAGGGACCUUACCUUUAUAAACUCUACCGACAUUACAACUUCCUGGAGUCUCAGAUCGCCAUUCUGUACGUAUGUGGCCUUGCUUCUUGCGUGCUAUUUGCCCCAGUGGCCAGCUGGCUACCGCAGUUUCUGGGACGGAGACAGACGUGUCUCCUCUUCUGCCUGGCUUAUUCUGUCUGCUGCAUUACCAAGCUGUCACAAGAAUAUUUCAUGCUCAUACUCGGACGUGUUUUAGGAGGCCUGUCCACCUCUUUGCUAACCACUGUGUUUGAGGCCUGGUAUGUGCAUGGCCACGUUGACGUCCAUGACUUUCCCAAAGAAUGGAUUCCUGUUACCUUUGGUAAAGUCGCAGAUUGGAAUCACGGACUGGCGGUCGGUGCCGGGCUGUUGGCGAACUUGUUUGCCGAAUGGCUUGGGUUGGGACCGGUCGCUCCGUUUCUCUUGGCGAUCCCCAGCCUUGCCGCAUGCGCCUGGUUUGUGCUGUCCGAAUGGGGUCAGGAGGAUAGGCAAAAAGGCGCCAGUGGAGACAAAAAUGGCCCUCUUCUCAACCCUCUAAAUGCCCCCAAAAUGCAAAUGUCAACAUGGGCCCGUUUUUGGCGAAGCUGUCUGGAUGGACUCCGCUGCUUGCUGUCGGACCGCCGUGUUAUGCUUUUAGGUGGCGUUCAGGCGCUUUUCGAAAGCGUCCUCUAUAUUUUUGUCUUUCUUUGGACUCCUGUGCUGGACCCACACGGCCCGCCAUUAGGAAUCGUAUUUUCCUGUCUGAUGGCGGCCAGCAUGGCUGGUUCCACGCUUUUCCGGCUGGCCACGUCGGCUCCGUAUCGACUCCAACCUGGUCACCUGCUUUGCUUAGCAGUUCUGCUAGCUUUCUUCUCCUUCUUCAUGCUGACGUUCUCCACUGUGCCUGGCCAGCCCCGGCCGAGGGAAUCUCUGCUUGCCUUUCUUCUGCUAGAACUAGCCUGCGGGCUUUAUUUCCCAGCGGUGAGUUUUCUCCAAGGCCGAGUGGUUCCCAUGGAGCGCAGAGCCGCCGUGCUGGCGUGGUUUCGUUUGCCUCUUCACCUCCUGGCUUGUCUGGGGCUGCUGGCUCUUCACGGGGAGGUGUCUGGGGCCGGUGCGGGGGAGGCUGGCAGUGGCACCAGACACAUGUUUGCAGGAUGUGCAGGGAUGAUGCUGGCCGCUCUGCUUGCUGUGGUCAGCCUUUUCACAGUGGGCAGGAACGAUGCCGACCUGAGACUAGAGGGGACCAAAUUGGAGGGAGAAAUCUGAGUUGUAGAAAGACAGACACUGGAUUAUGGACUAUGGUUUUAUAUGCUUUGUUUUUUUCUUUAUUAAGAUUGUCUUAGUUAAACAGUUGUAUUUAUGGGUUAAAUCAGAAGUACAUGGUUUCAUUUUCCUCUGCUAUGUUAAUAGAACCAAUAAACACCUUAAAA